GAUGCGUCUAAGUAUAGAGGUGACAAUAACGUAGUGACGUCACCAUUUAUGUAUAGAAUGGUCUUACGGUUUGUCAACACAGAACAGCUUAAUAAAUAAUCAACUAUGUCAGCUGCUGGUGGCAUAGAUGAGGACCCUGAACAAAGACGCAAGCGUCAUGGGAUGCUGAAAAUGUAUUAUGGUCUUGACAAGGAUGAAGCCGGUGGAGCAUCCCUAGACCCUUGCGACAUAGACGGGGCCCACUUUAACAAGGACAUGUACUUGAGUAAGCUGAUUCAAGAGAAGUCACUCACAGAACUCAUGGACAAGGAAUCAGACAUGUUGAAACAGAUUCGCUCCCUUGACAGUGACAUGCAGACAUUGGUCUAUGAGAAUUAUAACAAGUUCAUAAGUGCGACUGAUACAAUCAGAAAGAUGAAGAAUGACUUCCGUAAGAUGGAAGAUGAGAUGGAUCACCUUGCCACCAACAUGUCCCGUAUCACCGAGUUCAGUGGCAGCGUGUCUCAGACCCUCGAUGAUCGCAGGCAACAGAUCACCAAAUUAGCUGGCGUACACUCACUCCUUAAAAAGUUACAAUUCCUGUUUGAGUUGCCUGCUAGAUUGAAGAAAUGCAUAGAGCUGAAGGCAUACAGUCAGGCAGUCAGGUAUUACACGAAGGCUCAGCGUAUCUUGCUGCAGUACCAGCACAUGCCCAGCUUCCAGGGCAUCAACACAGACUGUGUACACAUCAUGGAGCAACUGGCAGCCACCCUCAAACAGCAGUUCCAUGACAAACAGUCCAGUCCCCGACAGCUGGCUGAAUGUGUGGACCUGCUUUUACAGCUGAGGGAGCCUGCAGAACAGCUCUGUGAGGAGUUCCUCAAACAUUUACGUUUCAGUGCGAGACACAAGCUGGACUGUGACCUGGAGGAGUUACAGUACCAGAUCUCCUGGACCAAGGGCGAGGCAUCCCCCCAGUCACCUGAGAGGCCAUCGCAGGCAUACACCAGCACACCCAUGGAUGUGCUGGAGUUUAUAGACAGUGGCUGCAACGGGUUCCUGAGCAAUAUGUGCCUGGUGAUUGCCUCGUAUAAUGACAUGUUCCUCAACAAACAAGACAAUGAGGCCCUGGAGAACAUUGCCAUGAAGAAGCUUGUACACUUUGUCAACUCCUUGAUGGAGCAGUACUUUCAGGCUGUGAAAAUGAGGAUCCAGCUAGAGAGAGAGACUGGUGACAACACGAUCCUUGUUCGAGCCCUGGACAGGUUUCACAGACGCCUGCAGGCAAUGAACAAGCUUCUGCCUGACACAGAUUUCUCAAGGGCGGGUACAGACAUUGUUUCCUCAGCGGCAAGGGACAGAGUGGACCACUACCUGGAGUCAUUGAAACAACACUUUGCAGACUGCCUCACUGACGUACGUCAGAACCUGGCGUCUCCCCGGCCUGCAGGCAAGCAGGAGGCAGCCUUGAACCUGGGGGAGCUACUCAGUGGUGUACAGCUCAACACUGUGGACCAGGUCAAGUCUGUGCUCACCAACCUGCAGGUGUUCAUUGCUCCGGACAUCACGUUCGCCAUGAAGCCCUAUUUCCGUGGUGCGUUCUGCACGACAGGUGUGCGGGAGGGUCUGGUGGUGGCAUUCGUGCGUCACCUGACCACCGUGUGCCACGACUUCUGUGAGGGUGGCGGGGAGAGGUGGGCAGCCCCACCAGCCCUGCUUCUUAUCCUGUCCAGAUUGUGCUCGGACUUUGAGAACUCCACUAUCUCCUAUCUGAUAACCUUGACUGAGGAGCAGUUUGACAUGGACUCCCGAAAUGAGAUGACCUCAAUAUCUGACCUUUGUAAUGAGGUCAAGGUCACUGCACAGAAACUGCUCAAUCACUAUGUCAAAGUUCAAGGUCUGGCCAUCUCUCAGAUGUUGCGCAAGAGUGUGGAGACUCGUGAUUGGUUGAACACAAUUGAGCCCAGGAAUGUAAGAGCGGUGAUGAAACGAGUGGUUGAAGAUAUUACAGCCAUCGACUCACAGGUGGGUCAGUUGUACGAGGAAGGGGUGCGUAAAGAGAGAAGCAGUGACUCUAGUCGCAGGGCCCACAGCUACAGUGCCUCCCAGCAGAGGAGGGGCCAGUGGGCCUUCACACCUAGCAUAGACAACAGUCUGAUCAGUAACAUACAGAAGUUGUUCUCAGAGAAGAUAGAGAUAUUCAGUGCUGUAGAGUUCUCCAAGGUGUCAGUCCUCACUGGCAUAGUCAAGAUCAGCCUUAAGACGUUCAUGGAGUGUGUACGACUGCGGAUAUUCGGUCGCUAUGGGCUACAGCAGAUACAGGUGGACACCAACUACCUGCAGAUUCACCUCUGGGGAUUUGUGUCCGACGAAAACCUGGUGCAGUGUUUAUUGGACGAGAUAGUAUGCAGUACUGUUCACAGGUGCCUGGAUCCUGUCCUGAUGGAGCCUAGUGUGAUUGAAUUAAUAUGCGACAGGGGUUGAUUUAGUACGCAGACAAAAGCACCGAUAUUUUUGGGGUUGCAGAAUAAAUUUUGUUUACAAAUACGAAUUAUACACAUCGUGGCUAAAUAAAAAACAUGUUUCUGUACUUAUUAUGUUGUAUAUUUAAGGACAAUUGUUUAUGUGAUCUGUCGAAUGUAAUAUUUAUUAUACGUGCUUAUAAAUAUUUAUGUAUUUUAUUCUUGUGCAAUAAAGUUGUCUAUAACAUA